AUGAGUAUGUCAUACCAACAAUUUGUCGAGUACUCUACAGAUUUAAAAAAUCAUUCGGACUCGAUAGAUGACGGUUGGAAUUUACGUCAACACCAAUGUCCAAUGAAUGGAAAUUUUAUUAAUUAUCUAGUAAAAAAGGAGAUACAAAAAAAGAAUAAAUCUUCAUUGAAAUCUAUCCACUCAGAUUCUCCUACGGAAGACAAAAUUCCAAUUGUUUCUGAAUAUCACAUAUUGUACAAUCCAAGCUAUUCGUGCCCAGAUGUGUUCUUUAAUAUGUGGUAUACUGAUGGAAAGUUACUUUCAUUAGAACAUGUGUGGUCUUUGGUGCAUUCUUUCUUAAAACAAAAUGUAGUCCAUGACAAGUGGAAUUCUAUAACUCAAGAGAUGCAUCCAUUUUCUAAUACACCAUUUUUCAGAUUACACCCUUGUAAGAAUACUCAUGUUUUGGAAAUGUUAGGUUUUUCUUCAAAAAAUAGUUAUGAGUUCAAUCCCCUAAUAGCAUGGUUAAGUACUAUUAGUCCUCUAAUUGGUUUGGAAAUAGACCUAUCAUAUGGAAACCGGAGGCUCAACAAUUAA